AUGGCGGACCAGAUGCAAGCAAUCCAGGCGAUCCAGCAACUUGCUGCUCAAGAUCCAGAAAUUCAAAAGCUCCAGGCUCAGGCACAAUUCAAGAGUGUGAUUCACGGACAUACCGAUCGAUGCUGGGAGAAGUGCAACUUGGGAAAGGAAGCCACCCAAUCCUCUCUUUCCGGUCGAGCAAAAUCCUGCCUUGACAACUGCGUCCGAAACUUCUUCACCUGCGAGGGAGCUGUGAAUGAAGUCAUGCAGAAAAUGAUGUCUGGCAACAACUAG